CGUCACAAAGGGAGGUCCCAUUCAUUCCUUUGGAACGUUCGGAAAACUUUUGGAGUCGGGAUUUUGUGUAACAAUUUUCGGAACUUUCCCCAGGACUCCGGAGACGAAGGAAGCGCGCGCCGUGCUGGCUACCAUGGCGCCGGAGCGCGGCAGUGAUGGGCGCUCGCUGCUCCCAGAGGAGCCGGCUUGCAGCACCGAGGGGCUACCAAAAGCUUUCCUACAAAGUUUGCGGACCCUCUUCGACAUCCUGGACGAUCGCCGGAGGGGCUAUGUGCACCUGCGGGAGAUCGAGUCCCGCUGGCUGCAGCAAGGAACUGAGGCCAGGGAGUUGCCGCGGGGCGUCUUAGAGGGGCUCCGCCGAGCCGCCCCGGCCAGCGGCUACCUCACCUUCGAGAGGUUUGUGCUGGGAUUGCGAGCGUCUCUGCUCACCUCGGACAAAAGCCCCAGUCCGACGAUCGGUAGCAACAGCAAGGGUCCAGGGCUCAGAGAAGAAGUCAGAGAGCCCGUUACAGAGAACCGACUGGGAAGAAGCGGAGGCGCUUCUCGAAGCCUGGAAAAGAUUCCCAACCCUCGGGUGGAACCGAAUCAAUGCAAGAGAGAGGCAGGAGAUGCUGGGUGGAAGCUGUCACAAAACGAGACUGCCUCGAAGGGCCUGGGGGAGGCCCGAAGACAGCAGCGGGGCCGCUGUGGACACAGGAGACACACCCUCACGAAUGGCGUGGACUAUGGCAUGCUGCAGCAAAUGAAGGAGCUAGAAAAAGAGAAGGAUUUUCUGCUGCAAGGGCUGGAGAUGGUGGAGCAGGCCCGGGAGUGGUACCGCCAGGAGAUCCGCAUUCUGCAAGAACGCCAGAAGCAACUGGGCAAAAGCAAAGUUCACAGUGGCUUGCUUGCUGAAGGCAAUCUGAGCCAGCUGAGCCACCUCCUGCCCAAGCUGCAAGAACUGAACCGCUGUCUCUGUGAACUGUGGUCUCUUUCAGCCAAGCCUCCUAAUGCCUGUUCUGCAGCUGUGAAUAGCCCCGAAUGUGCAGCCGUGUCCUCCCCUCCACUGGCAGGGCCCCAGCAGACCAUCAAUAUGUUGAAAGAACAGAAUCGGCUUCUUACCAAGGAGGUGACAGAUAAGAGCAAGCGCAUCACUCAGCUGGAGCAGGAGAAAUCAGCCCUCAUCAAGCAGCUGUUUGAAGCUCGGGCCCAGAACAACCGUGAAACCAGCCAGUUGGAUUCCACCUUCAUCUAGAUUGGGCCUUUGGCUUUGCUCUUUGGGGGUGGGGGGCGGCUUUUUGAUAACCUCAGCCCUGGGUGUCAACUGCUUGCAGUGUCUGAGGUUGUAAUUCACACCUGACUCUCAUUCUGGGCCUUGAGACAUUAGCUCUGUAUCUUUGAUACAGCUGGACAUCUUAACAAGGCAUGCCCAUGUGCUUUUCUGGUCCAUGAAACAGGAGUGCGGGACUGCGUUUCUCCAUUCAGCUGACCCCCUGGAUCCACCUUUUGUUUAUUCCCCCCAAAACAAAGGUGUUCUCUUUUAUCCUUUCUCUGACACUGUUCCACUGUGUGUGGUCACAUAGCAGAUCCUUUGCCCCAGUUUUGAUGCACUGAUUCUCUUCCUUGGUGCUGAAGUCCUCUCCUUCCUCUUUCCAGCAGCAUAGCUUCCACUUUGUUGUGGAAAAAGAGCCUGCAAUAUUUCAGGAAUAUCAGGGACUCACCCCAAAGUUCCUAAUCUGAUUGCAAGACCCACACUUCAGAUGAAACUCCGGAACAUAUUUC